AUGUCCCUCAAGCCCGGAGAUUCCUUCCCCAACGACGUCGUCUUCCAGUACGUCCCCUGGACCGAGGAAAAGGGCGACAUCGCCGCCUGCGGCAUCCCCAUCCCUUACAACGCCUCUAAAGAAUGGGCCGAUAAGAAGGUGGUCCUGUUCGCCGUUCCUGGCGCUUUCACCCCCACCUGCUCCGUCAGCCACGUCCCCGGAUACAUCAAGAACCUGCCCGCACUGCAGGAAAAGGGUGUCCAGGUCGUUGCUGUCGUUGCAUCUAAUGACCCCUUCGUCAUGAGCGCCUGGGGAAAAGCUAAUAAGGUGAAGGGUGAUGACAUUCUGUUCCUCUCCGACCCCGACGCCAAGUUCUCGAACAGCAUCGGCUGGGCCAGCAACGGUCGCACCGGUCGCUAUGCGAUUGUCAUUGAUCAUGGCAAGGUGACUUACGCUCAGAUCGAGACUAAGAAGGGCGUUGUGGAGGUGUCGGGCGCCGAGGCUGUCUUGGCUCACCUGUGA